CACACAGGCAAAACAGCCAAGGAUGAAGUUUUCGGUCCAAAAGGUUUCUCUGAAGUGACGGAAAGUUCAUAAGUUUGUGACUUUUCAAUGACAGAUAGAUGUUUCAGGAUAUAUAUAUAUAUAUAUAUAUUUUUAACUCUGGAAGGUGAUCUGUUGGCUACAAAGACUGCAAAUCCAGGCAAGUGAAGACAGAGUGGACUUUGGAUGAUCUGAGCAAAACUCGACCACGGUACUGAGAAGAGGAUCCUGGGAGAGGAGCUGGGAGAACUGUGGCCAGGUCCGCGCUCUAGUACCGUGAACUGAGGGGCACAAUGCACGCGCGCUACCCUGCGUCCAGCCCCAGUUCUCUGGGUGUUGUUCCGUAUAUCACGGGCGAGCAGGGCUACUACCGGGCUGCCAACGGCGCUGGUUAUACCGGCAUCCCUGCGCCAAUGAGUAUGUACUCUCACGCAGCGCACGAGCAGUACCCCGGUGCCAUGGCUCGCGCUUAUGGCCCCUAUGCGGCCACUCAGCAGCCCAAAGAGAUGGUCAAACCUCCAUACAGCUACAUCGCACUGAUAACCAUGGCCAUCCAGAAUUCAGCGGAUAAAAGGGUCACGCUGAACGGGAUCUAUCAGUUCAUCAUGGAACGGUUUCCGUUUUACCGGGAGAACAAGCAAGGCUGGCAGAACAGCAUUCGCCACAAUCUGUCUCUCAACGAGUGCUUCGUCAAGGUGCCACGCGACGACAAGAAACCGGGCAAAGGCAGCUACUGGACUCUCGAUCCAGACUCUUACAACAUGUUCGAAAAUGGCAGCUUCCUGCGCAGGAGGCGCCGCUUUAAGAAGAAGGACGCACUGAAGGAACGAGAGGAGCGCGAGCUUCAAGGCAAGGAGGCCCGGGCCCACGCUCGCGACUCUCACCAGGAGCCGGUCAAACUCCGGGACAUAAAGACAGAGAACGGAGCUUGCACGCCCCCGCGCUCUGGCACCCCGGCCCUCGGUUCGGUGACGAAAACCGAAAGCCCGGACAGCGUCAGUGUGGCCGGGUGCGACGGGAGCCCACAGACGCAAACGGCACAGCAGGCCUUCAGUAUGGAUAGCAUAAUCGCCGGGCUCCGUGGGUCACCACCGCAGGCUGCAGAGUUGCCCGCCUCGCGCGCUGCUUUACCGAGCUCGGUGCCUCUUGCCUAUUCGCCCUCCACACAGCCAGCGCACUACAGUCCUCCGUGCGGCCAGCCGGCCGUCUACCAGUGCGACAUGUACGCUGGUGACCGCGGGAACGAAGCCUUACCGGAUUACACGAGCGCAACAAGCGUCGCCGCGUCCUCUCACGCGAGCCAAGAGAACCAGCACGUGCAACAGAGUCGGCUCGCACCGUGGUACCUCAAUCAGAGCGCAGAAGCGGCGCAGCUCGGCGCGAGCUACGGGACACAACAAGCAAGCUUUCACGCCGCGUUCGAGGCUCAGCGGCUCGCGCUCAACUCCUCACCGGCGGCCGGAAGCGACGGAGGCUGUCAGACACCUUUCUCUGCCACUCAGCCGCUCUACCGGGCCUCGGGAACUUUCGUCUAUGAUUGUAGCAAGUUCUGACCAAACAUCACCCGAGCCAAAACAUCUGGCCCACACACUCGCAGUUUUUAUCCCAGUUGAAAUAAUUUAACACAAAGCUUUUUAACCAAACCGUGGUGAGUACAGGGGGCUCAAGCAGCUCCGGACUGAAAGGCCUGAACAUGUGUAAGAUUUCUGUUUUUUUUUCUCGCCUCAAUAGGACUUUAUCUCUAUCACUAGAUUAAUUUAUUUCAUUAAGAAUCAGAUGGACCAACUUUUCAAACAAAUGUUAAUCUUAUUUAUACAAAACAGAACCAAACUGUGUACAAAAUAUGCGAUUUUUAAAUGAA